GGCGUGUCCUUGGGCACAGACCGAGCGGGAGGUGUCGGAGUGCGGUCACUGGGUCUGAGGGCGCAGCGAGGCAGCUGGGCAGUGCUGAAAAUGGGAGAUAUCGAGAAGGGCAAGAAGAUCUUUGUCCAGAAAUGUUCCCAGUGCCACACAGUUGAAAAGGGAGGGAAGCAUAAGACUGGACCCAACCUGCAUGGCCUGUUCGGACGCAAGACUGGACAAGCUGCAGGCUUCUCAUACACAGAUGCUAAUAAGAACAAAGGUAUCACCUGGGGUGAGGAUACUCUGAUGGAGUAUUUGGAAAAUCCAAAAAAGUAUAUCCCAGGAACAAAGAUGAUUUUUGCGGGUAUUAAGAAGAAGGCUGAGAGAGCAGACUUAAUAGCAUACCUCAAAGAUGCCACUUCAAAGUAAAAGUUAUCUGCUGCCUUAUUUAUUUCACAAAGGAGAUGGCAAUGGAAAUGUCUGUGAUGGUUUUUAAACUUUCUAUUUUUACAUGUACUGUGUCUAACCUGAAAAUCUGUCUGACCCAUCAGAUAACCUUGCUCACGGUGGGUCACUGGAGUACAAACUUGUUUGGCAGCCAUUAACUUAACAGAAACUAUGUAAUUGGUUUCAUGAUCAUAAAAAUUAAAAAAACCCACAAAAAAAACAAAAAGCAUUUCCUGCCUCUUCAUUGUUUAAAAAAAUGUAUAUAAAUAAUCAAAUGAGUAAUUGUCAGCAGCAUAGUAGCUUUGACAGCCCAGCUCUUUCAGAUUAAAAAGCAGGGUGGUUUUUGGCAUCUUCCACCAUGCAUCUUCUGCUAUAUUACUUUAAAAACUUAAACCCACCAGCGAAACAAGAAAGACUUUAAAAUGCUCAACCCCAACAUAAUAUUUUUCUAAAUUUAAUCAGUGCUAGGUGUUGCAGUAUAUAUUAAUCUGUCUAAAGCUUGCAUUAAAAAUGCAUUUCAUCUGAUUUAAGUAUUUGUGAAAUAGCAGUUGUGCCCAGCCACUUGUCUUUUAUCUGAUGGAAGUAUGUUACCUGAUUCAUCCAGACUUGACACUGCAUGCACCACUCCCCUUCAGAAACAUCUUCAGUUUUGAAGUGUUAUUGAAGCCCUUUGUUGAGUAAAUCUUCUGAAAACAGCCAUUCUUAGUGUAAUGAAUAGAACAGAAAAACAUCCUGAUCUGGAAAUACAAGUGCUAAAGACCAAGCUGAGAGUUAUUUAAUCUUCUUAAUUCAGCAGAAGCGUUCACCUACAAUCUUGUUACUAUUUCAGAUGAAGGGGUACAGGAAUGAAUGUGCUGGUAGACUUAAAAACGAAUGGUCUUCCUCUGUGCCUGGCUGUAGCCUGUCAUUACUUCUGAAGGUUCUGUUUCGCCCAUUGUAAAGCAUUUUUAACGUUUUAAGUGGGUUUUUUUUUUUUCAUACUAAGCAAGUUGUUCAGAAGAAUGUAUUUACUGUGUACCAACAGUAAGGCAUAACUUGGAGCAAUCAAUACUGUAAAUUAAAAAAAAAAAAAUUAAAGUUCUUUUACUGUGUGUGUCUGGAAUUAAGUGAAAAACUGUAGGUACCCAGGUUUACAUCAUUAGGAAACCAAAUAAACAAAAGCUCCAUGUGAAAAAAAAGUAAAUGCUACUUGAGUUGGUGGGAGAAAUACUUAAAAGCGUGACAGAGUUAGAAAGUAUUUUGGACUAGAACCAGCAAAGCUUUUUUAUCAAUGUGCUCCUUAACAGCACUUUUGCUGUGAUUCCCAAGUAAGAAGGGAGUUAAAUCAAGGUAGCUUGAAAGCUGUAGCUGUACUGUAGGGUGGACUGAGUUGAAUUAUAUCAAAUAGAAUAGUGUGCUUAGGGCCUAAGCUUCAAAGAGCUGUUAUACAAAAUUAAGCAUGAAAAGAACUAAGAUUACUAACAAUGGUCUCAGUGGUUGCUACCAUAUGUGUUGUGAUUAUUUUUUCUUUCCAAACUAACUUGCAAGCACCAUUUCUUACAAUUAGGGAGACAGACAAUAUUAACCAACAACAACUUCUUUUACUAGAAGCUUGUUAAGAGAGAGCUUCAAAUUGCAGUAGUUUAUUACUGUUCCAGUUUUCAGAAGUGAUGUUUAUCAGCACCUUUAUGGCUGUGCAGAACUUAGUUUUCUCUGUGCCAAAAUCCUGAUAGAGCAGUUGUAGAUACAGAAUGUAACCAUACCCAACUCUGCAGAGUUCUAAAAUGGUUAUGGUGGAUUGCAUGGAGAGAGUUGUGACACUCUGUUCUGUCAGCACCUUUAUGAGGUCAAAAAAGACCAUGAUCUCUAAGUUCCUCUUCUCUACAACUUGUUUCUUCUCCAGAUCAAUUAGAGAAGAGUAUUUUUUGGUAAGGUGCCAUUUAAUUCUGCACAGGCAACCAUUUACAAAAAGUAAGCUACCUAUCCUCAGAAAAACUUCAGGAAGAAGCAGAGUGGUCCUUUGCCCAGAGUAAGCAGGGAACACAGUUGAGCUUGGCUGUUCUAUCUGUACCUCAGAGACCUUGGUACAAAGAAAAGUGCUGCUUAUAUGUACCACGGAAGAGGGAGAAAAUGUAGCUUUUAAUUUUAGACUGAGCAUGCAUCCUUGUUUACAUUUUAGGGAAAAGGCCCUUCAGACCUUUAGAAUGUCAUCUUUUUAUGUAUACAGCCCUAGACAGCCCUAUACAUAAAAGAUUUGUUGUGGGUGACUCGCAGCCGUUUGCCACCGGACAAACACAAUACUGUGGUGUUUCUAGUAUCUGAUAAAGAAUACUGAAACAGAAGGAGGUUAGACUACCACUUCUUGAGGUAAGUCUCAGUGCAAGGGCUUGGGUGGGUUCUUCACAGGGUGGGAAGCAGAUAUCCAGGUCAGUUGUGUAAUCAAGCUUCAGUUCUUUGAUUUCUGGUUUAUAUUAUAGAGUAGGAGGAGUGGGGUUUGCCUUUGUUUUAUGAAGUACCACGUUUAGUGGUUUUCUUUCUGACAGUGGUAUCAGUCUAGACACUUGGCAUUUCAGUAGUUCCUUUACAGUUCCAAAUAAGGGAAUCAAGGCACCAUUGCCAAACAUUGCAACAUCUCAUAGAAAUGAUUCUUGGCUACUAGUUUAUGGCUUUGGUGGGGCAUGCCUUUAAAACUGAUCUUGUAAUAUUUUCACAUGUACUUAUGCAAAGGAAUGAAGAUUGUCAAUAAUGAGAGGAAAAGGUAAAAUCCAAAAGUACACCUUUUCACAGUAUGACUUCAAAAUAAGUAGGAUACUUUAAAAAUUAUAACAUCUAUUAGUUAGGCAUUCCAUUGAAGUUUAGUGAUACAGAAGCUAUUUUGUUUAUUUAGAGUCUUAAUUCAAGUGUAACCACUCUACAAACAACUUAACUUGGGAAAGUUCCAUUUGUUGCUGCCUAUCCAGUUGUAGAUAAUUGCUUCAGUUAAAGAUGUGUUCAUUUUGAUAGAUCUUGUCUUGUAUAGGAUUAUGUAAUACUUUCUGUUUUUUCAGUGUAAAAUACAGUAUCAGUGAUCCAAAAGAAGUGUGAUACAUUAUGCUUCUUUUGUGGGGAAGAACAAAAAUUAAACAACUAAUAGAUAA